UCAAAGAGUCGAUCUCAUUAAAUCUCAACCGUCCAUCUCGAUUCCUGUCCCACCUCUGGUAUCGUCAGGCCUCGUCGGUUCCCCCGCCGAUAGGCUCAACUUGCAGAUUCCUCCACCUUUUUCCUUAUCUCACACGCACAGAUUCUUAGAGAGAGAAAGUGAGAGAUUUGUAGAGAGAGAGAUUGGAAGCAUCAAUGGCUGAUCACUCCGGCGAUUUAGACCAACUCCUUGACGACGCUUUGGAUGAUUUCCAGAACCUCAAUCUCACUUCUUCCUCUACUAGGACUGGAGAUGGUAGAAUUAACAAACAAGAGAGUUCUUCUACGCCUGGUGAGGUUCAAGGAUUGGGUAUGGGUUUGCCUGAUUUGAAAAGUAAGAAAAAGGGUAAGCAAAAGGUUUCCAAGGAAUCACAUGUUUCGGAGGCUCUUGAUAAGCUUAGGGAGCAGACUAAGGAGGCUGUUAAGGGAUUGGAAUCCAUGAGUGGUGCAAAACCCAGUGGAAAUGAUUUGGGGAAUGAUCCUAUGAUUGAGGAUUGGGUUAAACAGUUUGAGGAGCUUGCUGGGUCUCAGAACAUGGAGUCCAUUGUAGAGACCAUGAUGCAACAGCUCUUGUCAAAGGAAAUUCUUCACGAACCUAUGAAAGAAAUUGGAGAAAGAUAUCCUAAAUGGUUGGAAGAGCAUAAAGCUAGUUUAAGCAAAGAAGAAUAUGAUCGUUACUUCCGCCAAUAUUUACUCAUAAAGAAUCUGAAUGAAGUUUAUGAAACCGAACCUGAUAAUUUCAACAAGAUUGUCGAGCUCAUGCAGAAAAUGCAAGAAUGUGGCCAACCGCCUAAUGACAUUGUUCAAGAGCUCGCUCCUGACUUUGAUCUAUCUAGUUUUGGCCAAUUAUCUCCGGAGAUGCUCGAGUCUCAACAAAAUUGUUGUGUAAUGUGAGGCAAUAUCUCCGACAUUGUGGCUGGUCUUGCCUGCAAUCUCUCUUCAUUUCUUGCAAAUAAAGUAGUUUCGUCGGAAAUUUAUCUCAAAUUAUUUCAUCCCGACACUGUAAUGGUUUUAGAUUCUCAAUUUCAUAGGCUUUUGGGUGGUUCAUGGUAUACGUGUUUUUUUUUUUUUUCUCUAAAUCAUGGUUUGUAGUGGCUGAUGCCUUUGAUUUGCACUCACUAGGGUAUUCCUCAGGUAAGGUGGUGUCAUAUUUCUGGCAAAGUUGGAAGGGUCAUUAAAUGGGAUUGUCGAAUUUUUUUCAAAAAUAUAUGCAUAAGGCUAUUAUUAUUGACUGUAAA